AUGCUUUUAUCAAGAGCCAACCGAUUACUCCUUUCCAAGAUACUCUCCUCAAGUGGUAAGAAUAUCUACACCCAACCAUUUGCAAGCUUCUCCACAUUUAGAAUAGAAAAAGACACUUUUGGAGACAUCAAAGUCUCAGGUGAUAAAUAUUGGGGUGCUCAAACUCAAAGAUCCCUUGAAAACUUUGACAUUGGUGGCGAAACAGAGAGGAUGCCAGCCCCUCUAAUCAAAGCUUUUGGAAUUUUGAAAAAAUGUGCCGCAAGAGUAAAUAAAGAAUUUGGACUCUCAGCUGAGCACGCAUCUGCAAUACAAAAGGCAUGCGAUGAAAUCAUAGAAGGGAAACUUAUGGCCCAUUUCCCACUUGUCGUAUGGCAAACUGGCUCAGGCACUCAAUCCAAUAUGAACUGCAAUGAAGUCAUUGCAAACAGAGCAAUUGAAAUCUUGGGUGGAAAAAUAGGUGAUAAAAGCGUCCAUCCAAAUGACCAUGUGAAUAGAAGCCAAAGCUCAAAUGACUCUUUUCCUACUGCUAUGCAUAUUGCCGCAGCCGUAGAAACUCACAAUGUCCUCAUUCCUGGACUAAGAAAAUUGCAUCAAGCGCUUGUGGACAAAUCCAAAGAAUUUGCUGACAUCAUAAAGAUUGGGAGGACUCAUACCCAAGAUGCAACUCCGAUUACCCUUGGACAAGAAUUCAGUGGGUAUGCUGCACAGGUGGAAAAUGGAAUAAGAAGAGUUGAGAGAAGCUUAGAGGAUGUUUAUUAUCUGGCUCAAGGAGGCACAGCUGUAGGCACUGGGAUUAACACUUAUGUAGGGUUCCCUGAAAAAUUUGCUGCAGAUGUAGCGAAAGAGACAGGACUACCUUUCAAAACAGCUCCUAAUAAGUUUGAGGCUCUAGCUACACAUGAUGCUUUGGUUUAUUUCAGCGGAGCUUUGAACACUGUAGCUACUUCUUUAAUGAAGAUUGCUAAUGAUAUUAGAUUUUUAGGAUCAGGACCAAGAUGCGGGCUAGGUGAGCUAUUACUGCCUGAAAACGAGCCUGGAUCUUCAAUUAUGCCUGGAAAAGUGAACCCAACCCAAUGUGAAGCUUUGACAAUGGUUUGCGCUCAAGUCAUUGGAAAUCAUACAGCUGUCACCAUAGGAGGCUGCAAUGGACAUUUUGAGCUAAAUGUCUUCAAGCCAGUCAUCAUUAAGAAUGUCCUUCAUUCAAUAAGACUUAUAGGGGAUGCUUCGAGAAGCUUUACUGAUCAUUGUGUUUCAGGGAUCCAAGCUAACAGAGACAAAAUUAACAAAAUUAUGAAUGAAAGCUUAAUGCUUGUCACUGCUCUAAAUCCUUAUAUUGGCUAUGAUAAAGCUGCGAAAAUAGCCAAAACCGCUCACAAGGAGGGAACAACCCUUAAAGAAUCAGCACUAAAACUUGGAUACUUAACCGAGCAGCAGUUCAAUGACUGGGUAAAGCCUGAACAAAUGCUUGGUCCAUCUCCAUAUAAAGGUAAAUAA